GCAUUCCCGGAACUUUUUUCUUGGAAAUUCCAUUCGUCUCGGGCGCCUGUACGCAUGAAUGGAAUACAUAGGGAGGACCUGUCUCGUUCUCUCUCGCUCUCCGUCUCUCUCCCGAGGUUUCGGCGUCGUGAUUGCUACGGCACAAUCGUGGGGUUUAUGGGUCGGGAUGCAGAUGGGAGGACUCAGUUCCGCCCGUGGGUUCGGCGGCAGAGGAGGGAGGGUCACCGUCCUGUACGUAUGAAACGCCUCUAGGUUGGUUUGGUUUGGCUCGCGGUUUUUGGUUGAUGAUGUGCGUGUUCGCCCGCCCACCUGCACU